AUGUCGCGUGCCCAGAUUUUGUCCAAAGAAAUAGCCAUCGCAGUAGUCGGUUUAUCCGGUUGUGGCAAGUCGACAUUCAUCUCAGAGGAUGCUAAAGCGCACGAGGCAUCGGGCAUCGAGGCACUAUUUGCGUCGAGCAGAACUUUUCCUCCCACUCCUUUCCGUUACAUGCGUCACUUGGACCGGGUGAUACCACACGAUUUCCCAGCGGUAAUAUAUGAGUUAGACAUUGCGAAAGUUUUACACGAAAACCUUCCACCUGUCAGUGGAGUUGCUGUGUGUUAUGAUGCUGCCAACAAGGCUUCAUUUUCUCUUGUGGAAGAGUUCCUCCGGCGGAUACGACCACUGAAGCUUUCGACCAUAGCAGUAGCCUUGAAGACAGACUUGAAUGUCGUUGUCGAUCCGCAGGAGUCUUCGAACCUGUUGAAAAACUAUGAUGUUGGUCUGGUGCAGGUUGAUCGCUUGGGGGAAACAGGGAGGGCUAGGAUAGAGAAAGUGUUCAAUUGGUUGACGGUAUCUAUCUUGCCAGGUCCUCAUGCUGAUCUACGAAAUCCCGCAUCACCAAACGCUCGCCAUUCACUGAUUACUUGGGAAGCCCGAGCAUCAGCAUCAGCAUCAUCAGCCACACCUACCACCUCUUCAUCCACAAUUUCUACGCAGACCAUGUCCCAAGACCAGGGUAGCUCGCUGGGACACUCGCCUACUUCUACACUCCCAUCACCUCCUCCGCCAAUCGCCAUCUCUCCAACGCGCGCCCGGUCAACUCCAGAUCUCCUCUCGACACACGAGGUGUCGCAAUCACGAGCGUCGUAUGAACGAAAGUUAUCGAGUGCUCGCAGUGUCACAAGCUUUGCAGGGUCAUCCAGCAUAAACUCCUCGUCAUUUAGCUCCUUUAUUUCUCGGAGAGAUGCUUCCUUGAAUGUUACUGAGAACGGUCAUAUCGAUCACCCUGUGAGCAAGGAGAAGGAACCUCGCUCAGGACAAUAUGCAACCCUGGAGGAGUUACUUGACAAAUUACUAUUCCUUGCUGUUAGCGAUGAUGAUCCAACAUUUAUCUCGCAUUUUCUUCUUACAUAUCGAAGAUUUGCACGUCCUCGCAGUAUUUUGUUGGCUAUGCAGAAGCGAAUGCGACAACUCGACAAUUCGACUAGCGAUCCGAUGUUUGCAAGCUACGCCCAGAUGAGGAUAUGCCACCUACUUGAAACCUGGAUCCAGGCGUAUCCACAAGACUUCGCCGUUCCGGGGGCCCCUGGCGCCUUACACGCGCUGGUCAGGUCGAUCGUCGGGAAGACAUACCUCCUACAUUACGGUUACGAUUUCCUCCCUUUCCUUUCACAUCUUCCCAAUAUCAUAGACACGGAUGCGGCCUGGGCUCUAAAAUACGAGAUUCCUGUGGACAAGAGCGAGAACCCAUACAGCAUCUCAGACGGAGAGGAGGAAACAUUGGUUGUUGAAACCGAAUCACCCUCUACGAGCCGUUCGUUGGUGGCUCGCUCGAACGACAACCUCCCUAGUGCAGCGAGCGUCAGGGAACGCAAGUCAAGCUUGCCGCUUAGCGCAAAGAUAUUUAUACCAGUGAAUUCGAGUCACAGCCAAGGAGAUGCUCAAGAUAUGUCUCCGAAAGACCUCCUGAACAAGCUAAGGAGUAAUGCCCAGACUCUGGCUAAUUUCGAUUGCUCUGCGAUUGCGGAGGAGAUCACGCGAGUGGAAGCGAAGUUAUUCAUGGAUAUCGAGUUGGACUCAAUAUCUCGAUUUAAUGCUAUCUCCAAUCACCCUGCUGAUUGGGUGGUUUCCCUCAUACUAUGCCACGACAAACCGAGGAGCCGCGCAAGGCAGAUAGAGCGAUUCGUGGAUAUCGCGCACGAGCUCCGCGCAUUGAACAAUUACUCAGCCCUGCGUGCUUUUGUCGCUGGAAUCAACAACUCCAUUUUCCAGGGCGAUGAAACCAUGGAGAUUUUCAAAAACAAGACUCCGGAUCACUACAAGAAUCUCUUGUCUUGGGAUGUUCUUCUUCAACAUCGCGGGGCUCAUCAGGCUUAUCGUAUGGCACUCAAAAACACCAAAGGCGCUUGUAUACCAGCGCUGGAGGUCCAUAUGUCCGACCUUAUCCGUGCCCAUGAAGGAAACCCCAAUGUUAACCUGGGUGAUCCUUCAAAAAUCCAUUGGGGCAAAUUUAAUAUAUUUGGUCGGCUUAUUCAAACCACCACCCACUGCCUCAUACAGUGCCAAACAAAUUCGGAUUACUGCUUGCCGUCACGAGAUCAAAUACUGAAGGUCAUAUUUAACGAAUAUGUCAUGUCGGAAGAAAUGCAAACAUCUCGAAUGGCACCUCUCCCAGACUCAGAUUUGGUAGAAGAACCCUUCCGCUCCACGCUGCCCCGAACAACGUCACGCAAGUAUUCAACAUCCUCUCAGAAAGGCGCAACAAUUCUUCGCAGAAUACUGCAACGGUGA